CCGCAACAUAACACAACCUAACGUGCGACGUCUCUUUCCAGUUACACAAAUCUCUCCAAUAUAUAAAUCUCUCUCGCUCCCCAUCUCUCCCAAUCUCUCCCACUCCAAAAUGUCUAGUACCUCCCCCAGCUAAGAACCCACAAUGAAGUCCCAUGCAAUUCACACAAAUCACUACAACAAAAUCCCCAAAAUCAUCCCCUUCCUCGGCAUAGCCCUCCUCCUCUUCACCAUAAUCCCGUUCUACUACCCUUUCCAGAAGCCCUCCGUCGUGAAAUCCACGUCGCCUGAAACGCCAACCCUUGUCACCGUAAUUGACCAUUCCGACGUGAACUUGGUCGAGAUAAAUGAGCACGAAGAUUGUGAUUUGUUUAGCGGAGAAUGGGUGCGAGACCCGGAUGCGCCGUACUACACGAAUAAGACGUGUUGGGCCAUUCAUGAGCAUCAGAAUUGCGUGAAAUAUGGCAGGCCUGAUUUGGAUUUCAUGAAGUGGAGGUGGAAGCCUGAUGGGUGCGAGCUUCCGGGUUUUAAUCCGUAUCAGUUUCUUGAGCUUGUGAGAGAUAAGUCAUUGGCGUUUGUGGGUGAUUCUAUUGGGAGGAAUCAGAUGCAAUCCAUGAUCUGCAUGUUGUCUCGGGUGGAAUUUCCAGUGGAAAAUUCAUACACGUCAGAUCAAAAUUUUAUACGAUGGAAAUAUAUGAGCUACAAUUUUACAUUAUCUAUGUACUGGACGCCUUUUUUGGUCAGAGCAGAAGAAGCAGACCCUAAUGGCCCAACUAAGACAGGCCUCUUCAACCUUUACCUUGAUGAAUUUGAUUUGAAAUGGACGUCCCAGAUUGAGGAUUUCGACUACGUGAUCAUCAAUGCAGGCCACUGGUUUAGUCGUCCUGGUUUUUACUACGAAAAGGGUCAGAUAGUUGGUUGCAGAUUCUGUCAGGUGGAGAAUAUUACCGAUUAUCCGAUGACAUUCGGAUACAGAAAAGCAUUCAGAACUGCUUUUAGAGCUAUUAAUAGUUUAAAGAAUUUUAAGGGUGUGGCAUAUUUGAAGACAUAUUCACCAAUGCAUUUUGAAAAUGGUAAUUGGAACGAUGGUGGAGAUUGUGUACGAACAAAGCCGUUGAAAAGCAAUGAGGCGAAGCUGGAAGGGAUAAAUUUAGAAUUGUACAUGACACAAAUAGAGGAAUUCAAGAUCGCUGAACAAGAAGCAAGGAGAAGAGGCAAGCGAUUCAGAUUAAUGGACUUGACGCCAGCAAUGUUGUUAAGACCAGAUGGUCAUCCGAGUAGAUACGGUCACUGGCCAAAUGAAAACGUGACACUGUAUAAUGACUGUGUACAUUGGUGUUUACCAGGACCUAUCGAUACUUGGAGCGAUUUCCUGCUUCAGAUGAUUAAGACAGAAGGUCGUAGAUCAUACGAGCAGAGAUUACAGUUGAAACACAAGAAAGCUGGAUCAAGUAAAUUCAUGUUCCAUUGAUGAUUCUAUUUACAGGUAGAAUGUAGGCCGAAAGAAAAAGAACGAUUAUUCCACUGUUUUUGAUCACGAUUCUUUCUUCUUGUCAUUCAUUGAUUUGUAGAGCCUUUUAAAUCAAAUUUUAUUUGUGAUGAAUGUAUCAUUAUUUCCUGUAAGGUCUGCAGUUGUUCUGAGCAUUGUAUAUAUUCAUUAUAUAUCAAGUAACUAUGUUAUUCUA